AUGGAAUUAUUUCCAUGUCAAGGUACCUCUGCUAACCACCAUCGUGUGAAACGAAAAGUCGAAUCAUAUUUUGAGAAAAAGCAUAUUGUUGCCUUACAAAAUUCGACGAGAAUAAAUGUUCCAACGUUAAGGCACCACUUACCGGAAAACCUUUUCAUGGAAAAGAACAGGACAAAGCACACAGUAAUCAUUGUUCGUGUACUUCGCACACAAAAUCGAGGAACUAGAAGAAUGGUUUUCAUAGAAAAACUAAAUAAAGUAACUUCCGCAAAACUGAAAAAUAACAAAUGUACAAUGAGGGAAUAUAACCCUAGAGGAAGACAGAACACUUGUUCGAAUUCCAGAAACAUCGAAUAUUAUCACUGUACAGUUUUUAUGGAUGAAGUUGAAGAAGGGAUAAGUAUGGUUGAGUUUAAUAUCCGGAAUCAUAAUGACUGCAGAUUUUCCGAUAAAGGAUCGUUUACUGUUGGUGUUAGAGUUGACAAGACGAGGACGGCGGUCCAAGAAGGAGCUGAAUGGUUUUUUGUCGAUCAUUUGCAAAGGUCAAUGUUAAUUGGUGGAAACGGCUGUCAAACGCAUCAACACUGA